CACGCCCACUCACUAACACCUGCACCAGGAAGUGAACGGAUCGUGUCUGUUUUGCUUAAACACUUGAAUCUUAAACCUGAGUAACCGAAUAAAACAGGACUUAAAGAAUAUAUUCGAACAUACAACGUUACAAAAAUUGCUUGAUUUUUUUUUCUGUCGAGGAUUUGUCGGUUUGGUCGCAGUCCGAGCAGCAGGUUUGUCUCGUCUAAAUGUGAGCUUCAGCUGUGACUCCUAUAAGUAUGCUAUCACCUCAUAAACACCAACUGCUUCUCACUGCCCUGCUACUCAGUGGCUGGACAGCAAACGGAGCUCAGAACGGGUCAGAGACAGAGGCGGCGUCCUCUGUCCGUCUGGCCGUCCCCUCCGGCAGGAACAUUGUGGUGAAGGAGGGAUCCAGCACUUUGAUUGAGUGUAAUGUUACUGGAGGCUACGAUGAUAUCAAGUGGUACAACUCUAAAGGACCUCUGCUGGAUGAAGGCACAGGUGGGAAGUGGCAGAUUCAAGAGGACGGUGUCCUGAACAUCACCAUGGUUUCCUUCAAGGACCGCGGCCGCUACACCUGCGUCGUCUCCAGCAGCGCCGGUUGGACCAAAAAUUACACAGUCACUGUUCGUGUAGCCCACACGGACAGCGGCCUUGGACUAUACUACGUCAUCGUCUGCCUAAUAGCCUUUAGCAUCACCAUGGUCCUGAACGUGGCGCGGCUCUGCAUGGUCAGCAGCCACCUCAAGAAGACAGAGAGAGCCAUCAAUGAGUUCUUCCGCACAGAGGGCGCAGAGAAGCUGCAGAAGGCCGUCGAGGUCGCCAAGCACAUUCCGAUUGUCACGUCGGCCAAGGCGGUAGAGCUCGCCAAGGUCACACAGUACAAGACCAUGGAAUUUGCACGUCACAUGGAAGAUCUGGCUCGGAGCGUUCCCCUGCCGCCGCUCAUCCUGAACUGCCGCACGUUCGGGGAGGAGGUCAUGGAGACGGGGAAUCCGGGGCCUCACCCUGCAGAACAGGUUGGGAACAGGCAAGCUAUAGGUCCACCCUCAACCAACAGAAAUGGAGAGGAGGGGGAGGUGUGCCAGGCGCUGCUAUCAAGCAGAGGGAACAAUGAAGAUAGCACUGAUGUCAAAGUCUCAGUCCAUACGGUUUCUGAAAAAGUGAACACCCAGGCUGAGAUGUGCCUCCAUGUGCCAGGCUCACGAACAAGUGUGUCCUAUGAGAGCAACAUAUAGAGGAUCUCAGUCUGAAUCCCAUCAGAAGGAACACAUCCUCUGAAGUGUAAGGUGUCCAAUCGAAAGUGGGAAUAAAAAAAAUUGUGUGGUAGGUUGUCUUUUAGAUUUGAGCAAUUCUGCUUCUGCUUCUCAAUUCUCUUUCUUAUCGGGAAUCCGAAAGCCUUUUCAGGAAAAAUUCUCUGUUCUCAUAAAACUGCCAAGCCAAACACUCCUGAAGGUUCCUUUUUGCUGUCGAUGAACAUUUGACAUCAUUGUUAAAUAAAAUGUUGAGUGUC